AUGCCGUCAGUCAACCACUCAGAUAAUCCUGAAUCGCCUUCAGCCAGUAGGAACUCGAGUCCUCGGCAACGCGCUUACAAAAGACAAGAAUCUGCAAAAGGAACUCAUCUGUAUGAAGUUUUGGGUGUGCAAAAGAAUGCCACUGAUGAGGAAAUAAAAAGGGCGUAUCGAAAGCUUGCGUUAAGAUAUCAUCCUGAUAAGAAUCUUGAAGGUGAUCCAGAAAAAACCGAUAAGUUUAGGCAUCGGACAGAAAUGAUGACGUUCUCUAAUGUUUUUCAGUUCAAAGAGAUAAACCAUGCGCAUACAAUUCUUUCGAAUCCAUCGAAAAGACGUGUUUAUGAUGAAUAUGGCGAAAUGGGUUUGCGACUCUUGGAUCAGUUUGGUGACGAUGAUACCGUUAUGCGACUUGCAUUCAAACCAUGGUUUAAGGUUACUUCGCCCCCUUUUUCAUCUGAUCACUUUUCAGACCUUCCUCAAGUCUUUUAUGUGCAUGUUGCCUUGUGUCAACUGUAUUGA